CACGACUGUCGGAGAUUACGUAAACUACCAGCUCGUGACUGUCUUUGGCUGAUUAUCGCCAUUCGCCAUUUUAUAUUGUCGUUUUUCAGUGAAUUAAAUGCUAAGCCGACAAAGAUAGUGUGCGUGUUGUGUGUGUCCCGUGUCAUACCCACCUCGUUGUUAAUGUUAUAGUACAGAAUAUAAGCCAAAAAAAAAACAAUUUAUAAAAUGAAAAAUUUAGUGUUGUGUAUUACCUUAAAUUUUAUAUUUUUUAUCAACAUCGUUUAUUCGGUUGAAGUUGUACCACAUCAGCCGCAGGUACAUGUUCAGGAAAAGUCAAAAUUCAAUUUAACGUGUAAUGUGUCGAACAUUGGUAACCAGCAAGUGAGGGUUGAAUGGUCUAAAGAUUCAAAAAAAGUUUCCGACAUAAGUGGCUUGAAGAAUAGGGCUGUUCCAACAAACAGUACCGAACAAUAUGUCUUGAGUGUAGAUAAAAGCACUGGCAGUGAUAGUGGAAAUUAUAGUUGUAUAAUAUAUCAAGGAACUGAAGAAAAGGCUAGAGCUAAUUUCACAGUUGUAGUUACAGAAGCCCUGGCCGUUAGAGUUCCAUCAGAUGUAAAUGUAGUUGAAGAAGAAAGGUUAAGAAUAGAAUGUGAAGUCAAAGGAGAUCCAGUGUUGUACUGGAAGUAUAAAAAUGAAUCCUAUUCUGUAUCCGGAAGUAAUGUAAUAUUAGAAAACUACACACAUGAAGGCAAGGUUAUAAGGAAUGGAGUUUUUAUUAUCGAGAAAAUUAGUGACAAUGACAAGGGAGAGGUAACUUGUAUUGGAGAAGACAUCGCCACUGGUCAGUCCGUUCAAGAUACGUGUAGGGUGAGAGUAAAAGGUAAAUAUGCCGCCCUUUGGCCUUUCCUUGGAAUUUGUGCUGAAGUAAUAGUCCUAUGUGCCAUUAUUGUUAUUUAUGAGAAGAAACGCAAUAAAACGGAACUUGAAGAAAGUGAUACUGACCAAAGUCCAGACCAAAAGAACACACCCGAUCACGGAAAAGAGGCAAACUUAAGGCACAGGCAGUGAAUAUGACUUUGUUAAAAAUAAAAACAGUACAUAAAAAUUCAUCAGAUAUAAUUAGAAUCUUAACAGUUUAAUUCGUCAUGUGUAGUCGAGACUAUUUGACUCAGCAACUGUCCGAGGAUGUUUGAUCUAUUAUACAAGUUAUCGGUUAGGUUAGAUUUAAAUUGUUAUGAAGCCUUCCCACUCGGACUUGAUUUGCCUUAGAUAACAGCCUAUCGUAUUGUAAGUUAAACACAUAUUUUUCGUAUUCCCAACUCUUUUUUUAUUUUUGCGGUUUUUUAGGACUUAAAUCUGUAGAUAUGUAAAAUUAUUGUUAUGCAAUUAAAUCGGCUGGUAUUUAACGUAAACCAUUGUCAUACCAUUGUAAAUAAAUAAAAUUAAGAAAAAUGUAUACACUCCUGUUUAUAUAAUUGUAUUGUUAUAAAUUGUGUUUAUAUAUGUGGACUGUUUUUAUUUUA